AUGGUACUCUCAAAUGAUGGGACAUUUGAACUAACUUUUGUUGAUCCUUUUCGGUAAUGUAAAGGAAAACCUUUGGAAUACAAACACAUAAUGACACCUGAAGGGAUCUGUGUCAUAGGUGAAGUGGAUUAACACUUCAUUCUAAAUGUAGAAUGCAAAGACAAAGGAGUCUAUGGUAUAAGAGUAAUAGUGGAUGGAUAUACAUUACCAGGAAAAAAGACUUUCAAGAGUAAGUGUAAAAUACAAGGCUUUACUAAUUCUGAAGGCAAUAUUAAUUGCUUCAAAUUCUAAAGGCCAAAGUCAGACCCAGAAUCUACUAAUGUUUUCAAGAGGAAUGUAUAUAGACCACCAUGGGAUUUGAAUUAGAAUGACUAUCGUGACUAUCCAGGUGGUGCUGGUGAAAUAAUAGUCAAGAUCUAUGAAACAAAAUAGGAAGAGAAUACAUAAAGUGGUGGUGGUGGUGGAGGAGGACCAAGAGGAGGAGGUGCAAGAAAAUCUCAGGAUCCUAUGUUUAUAGAAGUGACUAAGAAUGAAAACAAAUAAGCUCAAGAUUAAUGUUUGGGCAUUUCAUAAGGAAAUGUCAUUGAAUUACCUCCUAGAUAAGCUUUUGAUGAUUCCAGACCUCCAAAACCAUUUAAGGAUGUAAUUGUUUAUGAGCACAUUGUUUAAUCUUUCAGAGUUAUUUAUUUUGAUGCUGCAAGUUUAGUUGAGAAGGGAUAUGUUAAAUUGAAUUGUCAUAAUCAUAUUACUUAUUUGACUGAAGAAUUCUUUCAAGGAAAUGAAGCUGCUUUGAUUUAAGUGUUGUAAACUCUUAUUGAGAGUGGACAAAAGGAUAAGGAAGAGUAGGAUAUUCAAUAGACAGCGAAUAUACUAGUAGAAAGAUUGGAUUAUUUCUUUUCGGGAGAACUAUUGAAUAUUUUUUAGAACAAGGAAAAUCAAGAAUAAAUGUAAUUAGAUCCUGGUUAAAGGGCUUAGUAUUUGGAAAGUGAACUAAUUAAAUUUAUGGAAGGUUGGCCUGAUUUCUUUUUGAAUUUAGGAAUGGGAGCAUUUGGAAUAAAAACAAAAUAUGAAUAGAAAAUAUAUAUUGAUAGGAUUUAAGAGAAAGUAAUCAAUAACCAAAUAAAAAAUGGAAAUGAAAUAUAAUAAUAAUGA